GAGGAAUCACAACAAAUAAGAAAAACAACGUCGUCUGGAAAAUCGAAUCGACCAGAGAAGCUGACAGUUUUGCCAAAUUGAUCAAAUUUAUAAACCAUUUCAAUUUUUUUCGGGAUCAAAUAAAGUAUGGAUGUACCCGGUUCUUCUUCCGGUUCUUCGAGCAAGAGAGGCAGAAAAUUGAGGCAGUGCAGUGGUGAUUCAACCAAAAGUGACCGUACUGAAGCUUCUUCGGAAAGUGAUUUCGAUCCCAACGGAUCAUUCCAGAAAGGGGAAAGUAGCAGGAGGAGAUGUGAGAGGCAGAAACAGUCUGGUCUCAAAUUUGCAGCUUUGGCGUAUGAGAGCAACUAUGACGAUGGAGAGCACAAGAGUGCUUUCCUGCCGUAUCGGCCCAGAACGGUCCUCACCAACCUUCAGAGAGGAAAUGUCCAGACAGAAGCAGUUGUUGUCAACCCUGUGCAGUUGAGCUUUCAUCAGCGUGCUGGCAAAGGUGAAAUCACCAAAGCUGACAUAGAUGCUGGCACCAACGACAUCAAUGGAUUGGACGAAAGAGGUUUAACACCGUUAAUGUGGUCGUCUGCCUACGGCCAAGUACCGACAGCUGCGCUUUUACUCAAAGCUGGAGCGAUUCAUUCGAUUAAAGGCCCAGAUGGCGAAACAGCCAUUCACCUCGCCGCAGCUGGUGGUCACACAGACAUAAUUAGGUUACUGAUUGGAGCCGGAGCUUCAGUCAACGAAAUUGACGACAAUUCCAACACACCAAUGAUGUUUGCCGCUUUUGGUAAUCAUCCGCACGCUCUCAACGAGCUGUUGAACAACGGAGGUGACAUCACCAUGAUUAAUCUCAACGAUGAUUCCGCCCUAAGUAUCGCUGUCAAACGAUCCAGCAAAGAAGCUCAAAGUGUUAUAGAAGGCUACCUAUUUAUGUUACUUCAACCUCAAAACUGAAAGAAUUACCAUUGCUAGCAAGAAUCAUUUGGUAUCAGAAUUCAUCAUCAUCUAUAGAAUUAUCAUAAAUUUGUUUCGUUUAAUCAUCAUACAUUUUCAUUGUGAAUCCAUGUGUGCCAAUGUUUUUCACUUGUUACCAUAUUAUUACCAGUACAUUUUGUCUACACAGUGUCUUAAUGUUUCCAAUACAAUGUGGUCAUGACCACAACUCUUGUUUAA